CUCAACAUCACAUCCAGCUCUAAUAUACGCAUUCUUCUUGGGUUUGGUGAUAGUUUGUCUUUCUGCGCAUGGUAAUUGAGAAUAUGGAGGUUUCCUUUGCCACAAUGAAAUCAUGUUCCUGCCUGUGCCCCCCCUAGCUACAAGUCCAGCAAAUCCCAGCUUCUAUGAUAACAUGAAAAUGGUUGUCCAACAGAAACAGCAAAGCGCCACCGCUAGAUGCACGCGAACCAACCCGUUGGGUCUCGCAGCAUCACGUCUUCGCCCUGGAUCUUCACCCUCAAUCUCCAACGAAAUGCCGUCGCCGACCACCACUCUCUCUAUCCCCGUCAUGGUCCAGGCUGAUACCCCCGGGUAAUACUCCAUCACCAUGCCACCCAGCGGCGCGCAAUUCGCCUCCAUCGACGAGCUGGUCCUCAUGCUGGCCGAGCAUACCGACCCAGAGACCCUGUUCACCCUGACCCUGGCCAACCGGCGCUUCUACUCCAUCUUCCAUAUUUUGUACCUGCGGUCCCGGCUGGACUGGACGUACAUGUGCCACACCAUCAGCAACUCGUCCACAGCCCUCUCAUUCGAGUCACGACAGGGGACUAGCCAGUCAACCGAGGUGCAAUUCCAACACAUGCUAACCAUAGGCCAUCAAGUCCUGUCUCUCUCAUUGACCAAUUGCUUCAUGGACAAACACAGCCUAGCCGUCCUAGGCCACCUCCUCCCCAACCUGACAUCCCUCACCAUUCGCUCGCGCAGCAACAGCACUACGCACAAGUACUCCGACCUGGCCGUAUACGCCCUAGGCCACAUGACCAACCUGUCCUGCAUCAAAAUCUACGCCUGGCCCGGCAGCUUCGACCUGCUGUCCUACCUGUACAAGUACGCCCAGGCCAUCACGGACAAGUACGAGGCCAUGAGAGGCGCCCGCGGAGGCCGCGAGCUCGCUGUGACGAUAUGUUGCGUCAAUCCCGCCUUGGUUGUUGGCGACCCCUUGGCUCAGACCCCGCGCAGUUGCGAUAUAUGCGACCCGGGCCUGGAUCUUUCCGGAGCGGCGCCCGUGGGGAAAUAUCUCCCCACUCCGGUGUCUUACCUGCCGAGGAAUGUUCGCAACUUGCAUAUUGCCAAUCGGGUGUGUCAUUGGGACUGGACUUUGGGUCGGUCGGAAAUGGAGUGAUCUGCAUUAUUGGAGAUAAGGGGAAGGGGCGGUGCCAGGCAUAUCGCGC